UUUUCAAAUCAUUCUGUUGCCGUGAGCCUUCGAUUCACAACGUAACGACAGUUUUCGUGUUUGAUUCUUCCUUUGGGUUAUUCUCAAUCUCUACCUGACUCUUCAAAAUGCGUGAAUGCAUCUCAAUCCACGUUGGCCAAGCCGGAGUGCAGAUUGGCAAUGCCUGCUGGGAGCUGUACUGCCUGGAGCAUGGCAUCCAGCCUGAUGGUCAGAUGCCCAGUGACAAGACCAUCGGAGGUGGUGACGACUCCUUCAACACCUUCUUCAGUGAGACUGGCGCUGGCAAACAUGUGCCCAGAGCUGUCUUUGUUGACCUGGAACCAACUGUAGUCGAUGAGGUACGCACCGGCACCUACCGACAGUUGUUUCAUCCUGAGCAACUUAUCACAGGCAAGGAGGAUGCUGCCAACAACUAUGCCAGGGGUCACUACACCAUCGGCAAAGAAAUCGUCGACUUGGUGCUGGAUAGGAUCCGCAAAUUGGCUGAUCAGUGCACUGGCUUGCAAGGUUUCCUCAUCUUCCACAGCUUUGGUGGGGGCACUGGCUCUGGCUUUGCUUCUCUCCUGAUGGAGAGACUGUCAGUUGAUUACGGCAAGAAGUCCAAGCUGGAGUUUGCCAUCUACCCAGCCCCACAGGUCUCCACUGCUGUUGUUGAGCCCUACAACUCCAUCCUGACCACCCACACCACCCUGGAGCACUCUGACUGCGCCUUCAUGGUCGACAAUGAGGCUAUCUAUGACAUCUGCCGUCGUAACCUCGACAUCGAGCGCCCGACCUACACAAACCUCAACCGUCUGAUCGGUCAGAUUGUGUCCUCCAUCACCGCGUCUCUUCGCUUUGAUGGUGCCUUGAAUGUGGAUCUGACUGAGUUCCAGACCAACUUGGUCCCGUACCCAAGAAUCCACUUCCCUCUGGUCACCUAUGCACCUGUUAUCUCUGCUGAGAAGGCCUACCACGAGCAGUUGAGUGUCGCUGAGAUCACCAACGCCUGCUUCGAGCCGGCCAACCAGAUGGUGAAGUGUGAUCCCCGUCACGGCAAGUACAUGGCCUGCUGCAUGCUGUACCGUGGCGAUGUUGUCCCUAAAGAUGUGAAUGCAGCCAUUGCUACCAUCAAGACCAAGCGCACCAUCCAGUUCGUGGACUGGUGUCCAACUGGCUUCAAGGUGGGAAUCAACUACCAGCCACCCACCGUCGUGCCUGGCGGUGAUCUGGCCAAGGUGCAGCGUGCCGUCUGCAUGCUGAGCAACACCACGGCCAUCGCCGAGGCCUGGGCUCGUCUGGAUCACAAGUUUGAUCUGAUGUACGCCAAGCGUGCCUUCGUCCACUGGUACGUGGGAGAGGGUAUGGAGGAGGGUGAGUUCUCUGAGGCCCGUGAGGAUCUGGCUGCCCUGGAGAAAGAUUACGAGGAGGUCGGAGUCGACUCAGUCGAAGGGGAGGCUGAGGAGGAGGGUGAAGAAUACUAAACUCAGGAAGAUUCAUUCACAAUGGAAACAAGUGAUAGAUUUGACAAUUAAUGAACAAAAAAACUAAUCGCAUCGCAAUAAAUUGAAGUUUUUAGUUUGAAAUAAAAUCCAGUUUUAGCAAAUGAAAGUUGACGUUCAGUCAGUUCGUUGAGUUGACAAAUAGGAAG